AUGCCACCAAAAGGAAAUCAGAUUCACGUAAGCAAUAUUCAAAGUUUGGCCAAAAAUGAAGAAGUAGAAUAGUUGCUAUCAAGUAUUGGACCUUUGGUAGAAUGGGCACCAAAACGAGAGGGGGAAGUGAAAUUCUCAUGUACUGCAGAGUAUUAUGAUGAAUUUACAGCCAAUAUUGCAGUGGAUACAUUGAAUGGGUAUAAAUUCUAGGGGAGGGAACUCAAAGUGAAAUUGCAUACAAAUCUAAGCACUUACAAAAUAUUACCUUAUGCUAUCGAGAAAGUGAAUUAUAAAACAUCGAAUACAUAUAGUAUGGGUUUGCCUUUGGAGGAAUUUUACGCUAGUCUUACAACCACUAAAAAGUUGGCGAUUGUCAUAGAUUUGAAACAAGCAUUCUAAAACAGAGAGGAUUUAUUGGAGAGACUUUUACUGGAGAAUCCAAGAAUGAGUGAGUUCAUUCUCAAAAUUCAGAAAGAUGUUAUGAAAGAAUUUAAAGCAAAUAAUACUAAUAACGAUGACAUUUCGCAUCUUAAUCACUAUCAACAAUUUCAGAAUCACCAUAGAUAUUGA